AUGACAAAAUCGUAUCGAGGUAAUGGGUUGAUAUUGCCCGAAUCCCAGGGCUCAAGAGCGUGGGUUGAUGAAUGUCUGAGCUCUCAGGAUGAGGUGGACAAAAAGGAGGAAGAGCUGGAUGGUCUAAUGAAAGAAGACGACGAGGACUCAGUGAAUCAUCAUAACGAAGAGGAAAUGGAAGAAGAGGACGGGGAAGAAGAUGAUGAUGAUGAGGACGACAAUGAUGACGAAGAAAAUGAUGACGAUCAAAAACCUAAAAGACGUGGACCCAAAAAGAAGAAGAUGACUAAAGCCCGAGUAGAACGCUUUAAAAUGAGGCGCAUGAAGGCAAAUGCCAGAGAGAGGAACCGCAUGCACGGGCUUAAUGCUGCCCUGGACAACUUGCGCAAAGUUGUGCCCUGCUACUCCAAAACCCAAAAACUCUCCAAAAUAGAGACUCUCCGACUGGCUAAAAAUUAUAUAUGGGCACUUUCUGAGAUCUUGAGGUCUGGGAAAAGUCCAGAUCUGGUGUCUUUUGUACAGACCCUUUGUAAAGGUUUAUCCCAGCCCACCACCAAUUUAGUUGCUGGAUGCCUUCAGCUUAAUCCCAGAACUUUUCUUCCAGAACAGAACCAGGAUAUGCCACCACAUAUGCAAGCAGCAAGUGCUUCCUUUCCUCUGCAUCCGUAUCCAUACCAGUCGCCAGGUCUUCCUAGCCCUCCCUAUGGUACCAUGGACAGCUCCCACAUCUUUCAUGUAAAACCACACUCCUAUGGCGCAGCAUUGGAGCCCUUUUUUGAAAGCACUGUCACUGACUGUACUAGCCCCUCUUUUGAUGGGCCACUGAGCCCACCAUUGAGUGUUAAUGGGAACUUUUCAUUUAAACACGAACCUUCCGCAGAGUUUGAUAAGAAUUAUGCCUUUACCAUGCACUACCCUGCAGCCAGUAUAGCAGCAGCUCAAGGUCACGGAUCUAUGUUUGCCAGUGCUGCUCCAAGAUGUGAAAUCCCCAUAGAUAACAUCAUGUCAUAUGAUAGCCAUUCGCACCACGAACGAGUCAUGAGUGCCCAACUAAAUGCCAUCUUUCAUGAUUAA